AUGUUGAACAUCAUGGGCGACUUAUUUUCACCAUGGUUGUCUGAACGUUCUUUGGAACUUUUUAGAAAAGGUGGAUAUUACAGUGAAUUGCUUGAACCUAACAUCCGUCUCGUUUCGAUGAACUUUGCGUAUAUGGACAUGUAUGGUGUCCACUGUGGCGAUUAUGCGACUACCGACCCAGCUGGGAUGGUCCAAUGGUUCAAUCAGACUUUACAAUUAGCACAAAAAGCGAAUGAAAAAAUAGUUAUUUUAUCACACGAGUGCAUCGGAUUGAAGAGCACUGGCAUCGUUGAUUUGGCGCCUAAGUUUAACACUGAUUUUGAUGAAUUAAUGAGAAGCUAUAGUGAUGUCAUUAUAACACAUUUGUGCGGACAUUUGCACUACGACUCGCUCAUGAUAUAUCCAACGUAUGACACAGCAUAUUACCACUGCAUUGUUAACCCCGCAAUGACUACUAAGGCAACACUGGAUCCAAGAUUUAGACUCCUUGAAUUAAACGAGAAUAGCGUUGUCGGGUGGAAACAAUACUUUUUGGAUAUCGAAAAGUGCAAUUUGGAAGGAAAAUUUGAGUGGAAAUUGGAAUAUGAAACACUUAAAGAAUAUGGUAUUGAUAAAUGGGAUACAACUCAUAUUAAAACAUUUUUGACAAAUUUGGAAAGAAAUGAAACACUUUUUAAUGUCUGGAAAAUGCACUUUGGAGAACAUGGAGGACACACUUUCAAUGGAAAUACUAAAAAAGACUUUUUGUGCGCUUCGAUGUCACUCACAGAACAAACUUUUAUUGAGUGCAUUAACAAUUACCCAAUUAAAUGA